AUGCAAACUACACAGAGUCUUUUUCCCAAUGGUGGCUGGGAUGUCCACCACCACAUCUUCGAUCUCUCUUAUAAUUACACUCCGUACACAGCUGCCAGAUUCCCAUAUUCCCCCGACAGACAUUUAACCCCACCGGCUGCAACGAUCAAACAAUACAUCGAAUUUCGGGAAAGCAUUGGGUUAAGCCAUUCCGUCUUGACUCAUGGGCUCUCUUACGGCGAUGACUGCUCUUCUCUGAGUACUUUUGUGCCCGAACUUGACUUCAAGAUCACUAAAGCCAUCGGCGUUAUAGACCCAUACACGUUGACUUCCGAAGAAGCACGGGGCAUGCGCGAUGCCGGUAUUUGUGGAAUCCGAGUAAAUCUAUAUCGAUACCAAGCAAUGCACGAUGUCGAGCGGCAAAAAACGGCUUUGUGCGAUCAUGCACGGGCUUUACAGCAACAUUGUCCUCGUUGGAGCAUGGCGUUCACACACAUACACCCAGAAUUCUGGACAGAGCUGAAACCUUUCAUUGAGCAGGAGAUAACUCCCACCGGUAUUAGACUGGUCACUGAUCAUUUUGCACUGCUUAAGGGGUCUAGUAUGCUAUCAAAUGAAGGAGAAGCCGCCGAUAGUCUUGUCGACGUAAUUCAGCAACCGGGAUUUCAAGCAAUCACAGAUUUGAUGCGUGCCAGCCACCUUUUUGUCAAAAUCAGUGCUCCAUACCGAGUCAGCAAUCAAGCUCCAGGUUAUCAAGAUCUUGAACCUCUGGGCCGAGCAUUAUUUGAUGCGAAUCCGAAACAGCUUUUGUGGGGAAGUGAUUGGCCACAUACUCCGCGCAUGAAAGUACGCUCACACAAAGAAGCGAUGGCCGAAACUCCAUUCUUGAAUGUUGACAAUUUGGCCUGGCUUAAGAGUCUACGCAGUUGGUUGUCCGACGAGGAAUGGAACUCCUUGAUGAUUUCUAAUCCGAAAGCAUUUUAUGCUUCGUAG